GCGGGGCGGGGGCGGUGUCGCGCGCAGCAGCCUCAGGGCCGGCGGCGGGAGCGGCGGCCCCGGUGCGAGGCCUCGGUCCGCCCGUCCGCAGCGCCGCUGUCCCCGCUCCGCGCUCCCCCGGCCGAGCCUGCCCGCGCCCCUCCCGCUCGCUGCCUCCCCUCUUGGCCCCGAAGCGAGCUCUGCGCGCGGUACCCGCGACGCCGCUGCGCCCCAGGUGAGGGAGCGGGGAAAGGAGAGAGCGAGCGGGGAGCACUCGCUCCCCCCUCCCUCCUCAGCGCCUGCCCGGCGCUCCCGGCGCCGAACCCCGCCGCUCCGUGCUUCACUUCUCCCGGCGGAGCCAGGCAGCCCCUUCCCAAGAUGGGCUGCACGCUGAGCGCCGAGGACAAGGCGGCGGUGGAGAGGAGUAAGAUGAUCGACAGGAACCUGCGGGAGGACGGCGAGAAGGCGGCCAGGGAAGUCAAGCUGCUCCUCCUAGGAGCUGGUGAAUCGGGGAAAAGCACAAUUGUCAAGCAAAUGAAGAUUAUCCAUGAAGCUGGCUAUUCAGAAGACGAAUGUAAACAGUACAAAGCUGUUGUCUACAGCAACACCAUUCAGUCCAUUAUUGCUAUCAUUAGAGCAAUGGGGAGGUUGAAGAUAGACUUUGGUGAUCCAAUCAGGGCUGAUGAUGCUCGUCAGCUCUUUGUGUUGGCGGGAGCAGCAGAAGAAGGAUUCAUGACCUCAGAGCUUGCAGGAGUUAUCAAGAGACUGUGGAAGGACAGCGGGGUUCAAGCCUGUUUCAACAGAUCUCGAGAGUACCAGCUCAACGACUCUGCUGCCUAUUACUUGAAUGACUUGGACAGGAUAGCACAAACCAGCUACAUUCCAACUCAACAGGACGUUCUCAGGACUAGAGUGAAAACUACAGGAAUAGUGGAAACUCACUUCACUUUCAAAGAUCUUCAUUUUAAAAUGUUUGAUGUUGGAGGCCAAAGAUCAGAGCGGAAGAAGUGGAUUCAUUGUUUCGAGGGUGUUACAGCAAUUAUUUUUUGUGUGGCACUAAGUGAUUAUGACUUGGUCUUGGCUGAAGACGAGGAAAUGAAUCGGAUGCAUGAGAGCAUGAAAUUGUUUGACAGUAUCUGCAACAAUAAAUGGUUCACAGACACUUCUAUUAUUCUAUUCCUGAACAAGAAAGAUCUUUUUGAAGAAAAAAUCAAAAGAAGUCCUCUCACUAUUUGCUACCCUGAAUAUGCAGGGUCAAACACUUACGAAGAAGCAGCUGCUUACAUUCAGUGUCAGUUUGAAGAUCUGAACAAGAGAAAAGACACAAAGGAAAUCUACACUCACUUCACGUGUGCCACAGACACAAAAAAUGUGCAGUUUGUUUUUGAUGCUGUAACUGAUGUCAUUAUUAAAAAUAACCUUAAAGACUGUGGCCUCUUCUGAGAACAGACAAAGGUUGUUAAAUGGUUUGGAGAUCGACUUCGCACAAUUCUAAUCUGAUUCUUUUCAAGGUGAAAGAAGUACAAAAUGCAUUGUGCUCAAUGAUAGAUCAGUACUGUACUUGCCUGUUUUAACAGCUUUAUUUAUGUUUGUCUUGUAAAUUUAAGUAAUUAGUUAACACUGAGAUGUCAGUUGAUUGUAUGUAAACUUACAAUUGUAGUAAUGUAUUUGUAUAAACGUUGAACGGAAUAUUUUAGUAAUUUGAUGUCCUCUAAAACAUUCCUCUAAAAUUUCCAUGUUUUAUGAAGAUACUCUUAGAGGAGACAGACACUUUUUGCCUUUGGAUUAUUUAAACAUCUUGUAAAAUUAAAUUUUCUUUUCAUCUUAAGGGUGCAUGCUGCCUUAUUCUUUACUUUUGUUGGUAAUACUGUAUAUGACGUUAGCUUUUUUGAUAUUUAAACAGUCUCAUACACCUUCUCAGACUUAAAGAAACAUAACCAAUAAACUUGUUUUUGCCUUAAGUUUUGAAAAAAAAUCUUUUUAUAAAUUUAGGAUAAAUGCAAAGAUUAUUUUAAAAUUUAAAUGAAAUCUACAAUUUAUGAAAUCCAGGCUUGCAGUUUUUGUAGUGAAGAUGUGGCAACAGUGGGAAAUUGAUUUUUAAGGGUCAGCUAUCACUGAGGCUGAUGGAAAUGCAAAAAAGAAGUUAAAGGUUAAAACUAUUCAUACCAAUAAAAAAUGAUGCUGUGGUCUUUACUCAGUGGAAUGAAUGGGAAAAUUACUUUUGGGGUAUUUUAAACAGACAGAAAAGGCUGGACUUCAGAGUAAAGUUUUUUUCUGCUUACUUAAAACAUAAAUUCUUGUUCUCCUUAAACUUUUUGCUAUUUUCUGGUAAUAAAACUGACAACUUAAUAACCAUAGAAGUAUUGGGUUCUCCCACAAGAUAAGGGGGCUUCAGAGGUUAAAGCAAAUUCCUGUUGCGUAUGACAAGAAUCCUCAGUGUUCUGGGUAGGAUGUUUUAGUGACUUAGAAGUGCUGAUUCGUUAAUUUCCUCUUUAAUUAUAGCCUCACAAUUUCUUAUAAGUUAAAGAUGAUUUUCUUCUGGUUAUGCUUUCAUUUUGUGAUUUGCUGUCUUAUGUACAUCUAUUGCCUUAGGGAUAGUGCCAAAAUUGAUUUUUUUAAAACAGAUUUUAAAAGGAUUUUAAGCUUCUAACUGUAAAUAAGUUGAUGGUUGUCUUAAAUGUGUGUUGUCAUCUAGAAAACAUGAACGUACCAAACCUGGAGAUACAAUUUUCUAUAAUUGUUAAAAUAUUUCAGGCAGCUACAGUACACCAUAAAUUCGUUGAGAAGUAAAUAAGUCUUGGAGCCUGUGGCUAUUUUUCUAUAUUAACUUAGCAUUUAUGUUCUUAGAAAUGUUCAAAAUAUUGAAGUCUUUGUUCUGUUGUUUAAUUUUUGAUUGUGUAUGUGUUUAAGUUAGGCCUCUGCUUGAGUGAAACUUACCUGCCCUCCUCAUUCUUUAAUGCUUUCUUUGUUAGGUACAGAAUAGAAAAAUGCAUUUUAAAUGAAAGAUUAGAAAGGAGAUAAGUUAUUGCUGGAGGUUGUUAAAUAUGUUGAUCCAUUAUGAGCUCUUUCAGCAGUUAUGGUAAGCAAUCUGUAUAUCCUGGGCUGCUUUUAAUUGUGCUUUACGGUUCUGGUUAUGAUUUUAAAUUUCACUGAACUACUUUGUGGAUUUGUAUUUACACCUACGUUCCAGCUGGUUUUUGUACUUAAUGUAAAACAAAAAUUGGGAUUAAUCAAAUUAAAUAAAUCUAAAUUUUGUGCCUUGCUUGAAAGAAAUGUUUUUCAUUAAAAGUGCUGAUGGAAAUCUUUUUGCAUCCAUUCUGUGGAGGUAACUAGGUAGUAAAAAUGGGAAGAUAGGAAGUCAGGAGUAAAUGUAAAAACUUUCUGCUAGAAGCAUUUUUUUAUUAAUAUUAAUUAUUAUUUUUCUUAACACCUUCAGUCGGAGAAUUUUUGGAAUUCUGUAGUUCAGGGUUUAUGAAGUAUUCAUAUAUUAACACAGAACAAAACUGUGAAGUAAUUGGGCUUGCUAGUCCACAGAUAAUAUUUUUUUUUUUCUGACCUGAUGCAUGUUCAGCAGGAAUGUUUCCUUGUAGAGAUGCUGCACUGGUGAAUCCAUCUUUAUCCAGAGAGAAAGUUGUCAGCCUAGGCCACUUCUCUAGGAAAAGCUACAAGAGGGUUUGCAUGCAGUUAUGGUGGGAGACACACACUUAAUUUCCACUGCAGCUGUAAUAAGGCUCCACAUCCCUGUUCCAUCAGGAGCCUGCUUCCCCAUCAGAGCACUGCAGAAAAUGGAGGAAAUGCUGCAGGUACACCCCUGUCUAAGGGAGUCAGUCUUGGCCCUCAGCAGCCUAAGCUCUUCUCUCUUCCAGUUCCCCAUUCCUCUGAUUUCUUCAUGCAGAGUGAGCAGGCAAACUGCUUUCUCUAGCAUGACACAAAGAAGUUCCCUCUAUUACCUAAGAAAUUCCUUCAGGCAUUUACAUUCCUUGUAAAUGUAGUAAAUGUAAAAAAACAGGCCUUUGGGGAGACCUUCUCCAGCCCUAUGGUCUUGUACAUGUCUGUGGUUGGAGUCUCUCAGUGAAAUGCAGCUGUCAUUAAACAUUUAGUUAUUUUUAAAAGUCUUAACACUGUAGAGAGGUGGUUUGGAAAAUUUGUUAUUUGGCUUCAUUAUCACACCUAUGGAAUCUGGAGGUAAUUGGAUGUUAAAUGUAGUAACCUCUCAUUAACUAAAACAAGGUCCAGGAUCACAGCAUGGGAACAAUGUAGAUUUGCUGGAUUGCUGUUUCUGGUUCCAUGUAGGCAAUUAGCCUAAUGAUUUAAAAUCUACAUAAAACCUUAGGGAGCAAAGGAGAUCCAUCUGCAGCAUGCUGAACAGCAUGGUGGCUGGUGUGCAUUCAGAAUUGGGGAAAAUUAAAGGAUAAUUGUCUAUUUCAAAUCAAGCAAAAAGGAAACCCUGCCAAGAUGCUGGCUAUCCUACUGUGUGAAUGUGUCUUGAAGUUGUUAUACUUCAUGACAGUAACUAAGAUCCUGUGGGUCAAAGAGUAAUGCCGGUGUUGUAAGCUUCAAAGCCUUGACUAUAUUUCAUUUUUUAAAAAGUGCAGAAGGUGCAACAAGAGUCUUUAAGCACCUCAUCCUUGAAUUUCAUAGCCUGUGGAAGUGCACUCAUGGGCCAUGAAUGUGGAAGGCGAGACUGGUAAAAGAGGAUCUUAAUCAGUCAUGGACUGUAAGCAGUGCUUGUAGUUUUUGCAAAAGUGUAAAGUGUUUGCACUCUGUUGAGCAGCAAUAUUGAAAUUUCAGUUGCAUAGGUGCAAUAAAACCAUUUUGUGAUUUUGUCUCUGGAGUUCUUGCAAAGAAUCUGGCUUGACGUAGAGGGAACUAGGACCAGAGGUUUUUUUAGUUAUAUUUCCAAGUCAUGAAUAUAUGCUUAAAAAUGGCCGUUAAAAUGCAUUUAUCAAGCUUUUUGUCCUUAGUGUAUUUAGAAGCAGUGCUUUGCAAAGGUGCUUCUGGCUGGUUUGCUCUGCUUCUGUUUUUGUUUUUGUAGUAGUGAGAAGACUGACUUUUACCUGACGCAACACAGAUCAGGAUUAUUGAGCAGUUUAUUGUAGGAGUAAUUUAUUUGAUCUAAGGCAUAGUUAGGCUUAUUUUUAGAAGUGCAGUCAAUAGGUUGAGAUCUAUAUGGGGUAAUGUAAUGCUAUAUCAUUUUUGGUCAUACUGCCUUCUGGGUAUUAGACAGGAAAAAUUGAGCCCACAGUGUAAAAAUACACUUCUGUAGUAGAACUAUUUCUCUAGUGCUAUGUGUCAAUUCUGAAAGGAAUUUCAGAGCAUCUGUUACAAAAGAAAAGAUUAUGCAUGCAAGGAUGUACUGAUAAAAAUGUGCUAUCUGAAAUUUGACUCUUUUUAAUUGCAGUGGAACAAAAGGCAUUUAAAACCAAGUAUGUCCUCACUGGAAGUCACUGCAGCUUCACAGAACUAGCUGUUCCCAGCUACCUUAGUCUUCCUCCUUUUCUGUCCUCCCACUAAGAGAAGUUUAGGUAGAGGUGGUGUCACUGUGCUUUCCCUCACGGGUUGUGCUAUUUGUGUCGACAUCUGAGGAAUGGGAACCUUGAAUCGUGCAGAAUAUGCUGGUCUGUACUUUCUUUUGCAGAAAGAACAUGCAGAUGCCUGAUGUAAGAUUAUUAUUAAUAUGGUAAUGUAAGAAUAUGCAGAUGGAUUAGAAAAUAAGUGUACCUGAAAUUGCAUGUGUUUGUAUUGAAAAGCAUGAAGAAAAGUCUAGGAAACCAAGAACCUGAGCAGGUGAAGCUUUUUUGUUCUGUAGUUUACAGUUCUACGGUGAACCAUAGUCUGAUCAGAAGUCCUUAGAACAUGACACCAAGCACAUCUUAAGUACCUCUUACCAAGUGUCCUCCUGUCUACAAAAUCAGAAUGCACUGUGAGACAGUACAGUACCAAUGAGUGAUAGGGAAACACAUUGCAAAUAGAAACAUACUUUUCUGCAUUUGUCAAAAUAAAGGAACAGUUUUCUUGACUAAAAUGAAUAAACCAUCUAUUUUGUACAUAGUUUCAUAAUAAUUUGUCUCAGAAACUUACAGCAUCUUCCUGUAAAAAAUAUAUGGGGAGGUAUGAUCACAAACUUUCACUCUUCCUUUGUUCCAGUGCCGUGAUUCUCUUGAAACGUGAUGAAAAACCCCCAACCCACAAAAUGGAUUCUAAAAAUGCUGUGAAACUGUCAUCCUGAGAAUGUUAAAUAGUUUUAAUUAAAAAAUGUUAAUACUUGUCCUGUAAGUCAGGAUUUUUAUUUUGAUAGAUUGAAACAGAGAUCAAGCUAUUCCUGUUUUGAUUCCAUAAAUCACAAACUUAUAAUACCUUGUCUAACUUGCAUCAAGAGCUUUAUUAAAACACAGAUUUUUUUGUGUGAGAAUGCUAUUAAAUUUGACUUGGUGUGAAUUGCCAAAAAUUAUAUUUUAAUUUCUAUUAAUAACAAUUAAAAGUGAGAAGGUGAGUUCAUUUAAAAAGACCAACAAACUAUAGUUAUCAACUGCAUAAUUUAGAAUGUAAAACUGAACACAGCCACCAGAAUUGUGAUUUUAUUGUUGUAAACAUUAGAACAUAUGUUAAAAAUGUGAAUUUGGCCUGUAGGUCAACAAGGAUAUUAUAUUACUUUAUAUCCACUUUAUAAUGAUGGCCUUUCUACUAUUUUUGGCAUUUAACAAAAAUGUGAUUUUAAUCCUUCAUAAUUCUAGACAGAUAAUUGAAAAAAAAUUUGAAUUUGUUAGGGACUGCACAUGAUGAUGAGUACCUUUGAUGAGAUUCUGAAGUUGUUGCAUGUAGAUUCUGCCAGUAUCUUUUAUAGCCGAGUUAUGUUGGUUUUGCUUAAAUGUAGUUAGUUUGCCUUGUUUUUCUACCUAUUAAUUCUUUGUAAAGUUCUCAGUCUUUGGCCCUCUGACUCAAGGAAUGGAAGAAAGUAAUAAAUUCUAUCAUCAACUGAGACCAAAAAACAUCAAGAUUUUUAUAGUCUGUUGGGCAUGUAUGAGAUUAAUGUUCUGGGAAAGCAUUAAAGCAAAUAUUCAGCAAUGAUCUUCACAGCUCUGUCCAACAUUUGAAGAAAGCAGCUUUGAGAGUGUUGUGGCAUGAAGUUGUUUUUUGGUAUGUUCUUGCCUGCUUUUGUUAUCUGGAGCUCUAAUUGUGAGACAGUUACAGUGAGAAGUGUGCAGAUGCUCAGCUACUUGUCCUUUCCCAGGAGAAGCUGUUGAUGUCUGUGUGUUAAAGGCUCAGCCUGAUCUUCCAUAUGUUGAGGGAAAGGGUUCUGAACUACUCAGCAAAAAGAAAUGGGUGGGAGGCACCCUGAUCCUCUUGGAGAGGAGAGAGGUAGCACUCUUCAGCAGAGUGAAGAGAGGUAGAGGAGGAGGGACACAGCUGCACUUCUGAUGUCUUGUAUUAAGCUUGUAUUUGAAUGCUAUUGAGGCUUAAUACAAUUUUACAAUUAGGGAUGAUGUAUUUGGGUGCUGCUAGGAGACAGCUGUUGGUAUGUUUUACACUUAAUCUUGGAGCAUGUUGUGCUAUCAGAUUCUCAGUACUUCAAGAUCUUUCUUCCUCUAGUUAAAAGCAGUGCCAGGAAGAAUAGUUGGCAGAGUAAUAGUUUGCUAGUCUUGAAAGAUUUUUAUUUUCACCACCAGAAAUUUUAGUGUUGCAGCAUUUCAAAGAUGAUCUGAAAGAUAAAUCGUGAGGUUAAAUGAGUUUUAUAUUGUUUUAAAUAUUAAAGUGCAGAGACAGGAACAAGCUAUUUUAUAUCACUUCAUUUUUCCCCAAGUAAAUCUGUGAAAUGAAUACAGAACUCCAGGUGCUCUGUGUGAGUCUUCCCAAGUCCAAUGUGGAAAUACAAUGCUUCCUUAGGCUGUAAGAGAAGCAGAAUGCAGCAUUUGUGUCUCCUGUGGAAUUUCAAUAAAGAACUGAUAGCACUUCCUGAUAACACUGGUGGUGUUAAUCCAGUACACUGACAUCCUUGGCAAAGAGGAAAGAAGUACUGGAAUGGUAUCAAAGAUUUAGGACCCUGAAUUACAGGAGUACAAGUGUUCAGGUCAUCUGAGGCCAAACUGAUGGCUGCUGCAGAUGGGUUGUUUACACAAACUGACUUUCACAGAAAGCUUUGGAAGGAAUUACCUGUUCCAUCACCUUAAAAGGACUGCAGAAAGCAAUGAGCAGUUCUACUAGAAGUGCAUAAUUUGUUUCACUUUGAUGUUCAGCAUUUCAAGUGAGUUAAAAGUUUUUCAAGUGAUUGCCUGUCAGCUGGCAUGGGCUAAUAUAUUUUCUGAGCAUUUGGCAAAUGCAGUGUUGUUCACAUUAUUUAAAACAACAAAACAUGGGACUUCUGAGAAGUGGGGAAAGCAUGAUCACUAAGGAAAUAAAUUGCAAAAUUAAAAUUGCAUAUUAGGUAACUAAGACUUGCAUUCUUCCAACACACACAUCAUUAUGUUAUGCCAGCAUCUCAGACACUCAAUUUUUGAAAUAGAUCUAUGCCAGGUAGCAUUUCUCAUUGCCAUACUUUCUACAGGAGUGAGGGGAUGAUGGCACUAAUAGUGUUUUCUAAAGUCCAGUUGCAAGGAUGUUCAGCUGGCAGUUGGGAUGCUGAGUCUCAAACUCAGUCUGAUGUUUGAAUUACAUUUGGCCCGCUGAAAUCUGAGAAAAUCUUUUAUGAAAUCUGACAUGGUGGGCAAGUAAAUAUUCUGAAAUUGUUAUUUUUGCCUUGUCAUGUUGAUUUGAUUUCAUUUAUAUGAUACUGACCUCCUGCAAGGACUAGAAUCUGUGUCACAGUUACCAAUACUAAUUAUUCAUUCCUUUGCAACAAAUGUCUGUGUCUUCUACUCAGUAAAAUUAUUUCAACAGAAGGUCUCACCCUUACUCAGCUCCUUGCUCUGAACUGAAGCUGAACUCUGUCGCUGUCCAAGGGAGGACCUGAGCUGGUGGUGCUCUGUUGUGUGAGAAUGUUGCUGUCCCUCCUCUUCACCUUUGGAUGAUAACAAAAUCAUCCUUUCAGACUUUUUUUCCAGCACAGAGAACAUCUUAUUUAUAAUAGUUCAUAACAUCUAAUUCAAUUUGAAAUUAAUCAUUUUUUGAGCUACCAGCUCAAACUGACCUGGUCAUCCUUUAGCUGUUUCUCUUUCGAGCCAGAUGGAUUUGGCCUGAGGAGACUUUCUGUAUAAUGCAUUUUGAGUCCAUUCAUUCUUGCAGUAUUUUCUUGCAUCAAUUUCGAUUCCUCCUUGUGUAUCUUGAAUUGUGAAGUUAUUUAUAAAUGAAAGGGCUUUAAAAGUGGAAAGCUUUUUUUUUUUUUUUAAUUUCCUUUUGGUAGGAUGGAUGGGGAUGGAAUACGAAAUGAGUGUUUUACUAAAAAAUAUCAGUUUGAAUCAUCUCAACACGCUUCAAAAUUUUCCAUUCCUGAAGAUUAGACAUUACCCGAGAGGCUUGUAGAUUAGUAAACAAUUUAAUACCCUUUUUUAACAAAAAAAA